AUGCCUAAUAACUACUACGAUUUAGAUGAUAUUCUAGCAGACGCAGAAAAACUUCCUUGCCGGUUUGAGUUGACUGUGCCUGGAUUAGGAUACUUAGAAGGGAAUCCAGGGAAGUCGAUUAAGAAAGAUACUAAACUUGAAUUACCUUUAUGGAUGGCCGAGUUCUUAGCUACGUGUUUAAUAAUGGGUGAUGAGAGCCCGAGUUUCAUACGGUUAGAGGAGCCAGAUUUCCUCAACCCGAAAGUUUUAAACGCCAUCAAGUCCAAUGCAACAAGUGUUGAUAUACACUCCAUUUUACCCAAUUUUUAUAAAUUGAUUGAAAAAUGGAGUACAAUGUUUGGAAAUACCGAGUUGAUUGAAAUAACGAUGCAAAUGUUGAAUGAGAGGUCAUUUGAAAUCAAUAACUACGCUAGUAAUACCAAUAAAAACAUCAAUAGUAAUUUUUUAUUUUCAUUAGAUGAAUUCGAAAAAUAUUUAUUCAAGGUAACAACUGAAAAUAAUAAACACAUGAGAAGAUGGAUAAAUGAGGAUUAG